CUCCCAACAACCUCAACAUCUCCAAGAGCGACGGCUAGCGACGGUAUACAGCCAUCCCAGCUCCGAUUCCAUUCUAGGAUUGAUCGCGGAUCUUGAUACUAUCCAACCCACAAGAUACACCCCGGAUUUAGCGCGUGUGCCCUCGACGUGGUGGUGGGUUCUUGAUCGAUCCUGCUCGACUUUGCCGCCGAAUCCAGCCCCCGUCUCCACGAUAUCACCGAUUGAAAAAAGACACUUCCCGGGUCUUUGAUUAACCACAUCUACGACACAAAAUGGCAUCCACAUUCCCAAUUCGUCGACUUCCGACCGUGCUCGCCAGAGGGCAGCCCAGAGUAUCCAGCGCCUCCAGACGCUUCCAAUCCACCUCUGCAGUUCAGUUCCAGAACCCUGCCUACCCGCUCUACCCCUCGGUCACCCAGCUCCUCCACGAGAAGGGAAUCCCAGAGUCCGAAGUCUCCAAGAUCCCCGCCUCAGGGCCCAAGGGUCGUCUCCUUAAGGGAGAUGUUCUCGCCUACACUGGCCAGAUCGCGGCCGACUACCCCGCGACUCAAGCAGCCCGCUUCGAGAAGCUCUCCCACCUUGACUUGAGCAACAUCAAGAUCGCAGCACCCCCCAAGCCUGCUGAGCCCGCAGCACCGGUCAAGGAGGAGGCUCCCGCACCCCCUCCGGUGGCUUCAGUUGCCCUUUCUAUCUCCCUGGCUACCGUCCUGUCUGCCCAGAAGAAGAUCCAGGAAUCCCUGGGUGUUAACGUGCCGCUAUCGACUUUCCUCGCCCGCGCCACUGACCUGGCAAACGAUGACCUCCCCCGUUCGCCUCACACCAAGCCGUCUGCUGAUGAGCUGUUCGAUGAGGUCCUCGGCGCAGCACCAAUCCAGACAUCUCGGGGAGACUACAUCCCUGAGCUCAACGCUGUUGAGGCCCCAUCAGUCAAGUCCAAGACUGUCAAGGAAGACCUCAUUGAUUUCCUCAGUGGAAAGCCGACCAAGAAGGUCUCCGCCCGGCCGCCACAGCCUUCUGCUGAGGGCCAUGCCGCAAAUGUGUUCAGCCUGACUGUCCCAGUCGGUGAUGAGAAGAGAGCCACCGCAUUCCUUGAGCGAGUCAAGUCCCUCUUGACAGUUGAGCCUGGAAGGCUGGUUCUAUAAUUUGUCCUUUCCUUUUAUCACCAG